AUGGCGACAGAAGACGCGCGCUACCGCCAAACCUCCCAGUUCCAGCUCUGGUCCUUCUCCCCCACCCAACUCUCCGCCAUGCGCGAAAACACCAACACAGCAGCCCGCACUCGCAUCGCCGACCGCCUCGCCUCGCUCCCUCCCACUGCCGCCUCUGCUUCCGCCGCUGCUGCGAACCCCAAUUCCGCAUCCACAUCCAACGCCAACACCCCCGACCCGGAAGGGGGCCUUGGGGGCAACGGGAAUGGCAAUGGCAGGUCAUCGACGCCUGCGUUGCCGGAGUUCUUGACGGCGCCUGAAGAAGCGCAGUUGGUGACGUUUUUUACGUCGGAGCUGCUGCGCGCGGGGGACCAUGCGGAGAUGUCAGAUGAGAUUAAGGCGACGGCGGCGACGUUUUUUAGGAGGUUUUAUGUGACGAAUAGUGUGAUGACCUAUCCACCGCAGGAGAUGCUGAUUGUCGCGUUGUUUUUUGGGUGUAAGGCGGAGGGGUCGUUUGUGAGCAUUUCUGAGUUUGUCAAGACGUUUGGGAGAGACGACCCAGAAAGUGUUUUAGCUGGCGAGUUUCUCCUAUGCCAGGGCCUUCGCUUCGCAAUCGACGUAAAGCAUCCCUUCCGCGCUCUCCGAGGCGCCCUGAUGGAACUUGCAGCGCUUCCCGAUAUCGACCUCACCCGCCUAGGCGCCGCCGAAAGCCGCGCCCGCGACAUCCUCCGCUUCAGCCCACUCAUCACCGACGCCUACUUCCACUACACCCCAAGCCAAAUCAUGAUGGCCGCGCUCUCGCUCGCCGACCGCGGCCUCGCCGAGCAACUCAUAACCAAAACCUUCCACCACGUGGCUCCGGCCCCAGACUCCGGCGCCGACACCCCGAUGGCCGGGACCGAGCACAGCAAUCCGCCCGGCGCAAAAGCCUCCCAUGCAGAAGACCAAGCACACAUCAUCGGGUUCCAAAUCCGCGACAAAAUCCUCGGCGCCGUCGAAGCCUGCCGCGAUAUGCUCGGCCGUGAACUCCCCGAGCGACGCGAACACUGGACAAAUAAAGCAGUAAUAAAAGCGCAAAUCACCCCCCUCCGCAAAAAGCUGAACAAAUGCCGCGACCCCGAACGCUGGAACCUCGUCGAGCUCCAACGCGCCCGCCGCGAACAAGCCACCCGCAAAGGCGCCAGCGGUCUCGACUCCGACGACGGCGGCGGUGGUGGCGACCUUGAGGACGACCGAACGCUGGAAGGCGACGAGGCCGUGUUUGGGGAGCCGUUGGGAGCCGGGACGGGCGGGAAUAACACUAAUAAUAAUCUUCAUAAUAAUAAUAACAAGCGGAGGAAAGUGUUGGGCGGUGGGGGGGCUGGUGGUGGGAAAGGGUUGGAUGAUCCGUUUGGGGGGAGUUUGUGA